AUGUGUGCAGAUCAAUUCAACACUCGGAAGUUUGCUGAAGAGAACUGUCUUGGCCUCCCAGUCGCAGCAGUUUACUUCAACUGCCAGCGUGCGACUGCCUCUAGAGGUCGUCUAGCUGCAGCUCUCCGGACAUCAGACCCUGAUGUCAAGAUUUUGCCAAGAUUGAGGACACACACACGCAAAGAUGGCAGUUUUAUGAAUGCAGGAGCUGAGGCUAUUGAAUGUGAAGUGGAGGAAGCUGUUGACCAGAAUCAACCUCACGAUGAACUGCUUGGAAGCUCACGUAAUCAUUCUCGCAUUCUGCGCAACAAAAAACAUGUCAAGCGCGGCAAGUUUUCUAAAGGGCGGAUUCAUGGCAUAAGCAGCGUUCAACACCGGGAUAUCAUUCUCGGUGAAUCAGUCCCUGCCCUCCAUACGGAUAUGCACAUUGCUGGUUUGGAGACGAACGUAGUAUCCGUCAAUAACAACGUUUCAGAGUCCAAGGGAGAUGUAGCGAUGUUGCAAGAUGAGUUUAAGGCUGAGGCAGCAGCACAGCGAGUUAUGCUAAAUUACAUCUUGCAAAAUCGGUCUGCUUUCCAACCACCAUCCAUUGCUGCCGCCACUACCGCUGAAGAUGGUGUUGCUGCCGCAACGACUGGUCAAGACCAGCAAGCAAACCUCAACCCAACAACUUAG